AUGUAUUCGUUUGUCAAAGAUAACCUUGAUGCCAAUCCAGUUGUUGUAGAUGCCGAUGACCUACUCGAAUCGCCGAAGCAGAUCAUGAAGGAGUAUUGUGAUCGAGUUGGUAUCAAAUAUGAAGAGCAUAUGACUACAUGGAAACCUGGCGAAAUAAUCCAAGCCUGGCAAGAUAAAGCAUGGGUUAUGGAAUGGCGAAGAGGGGCUUUAAACAGCAGCGGUUUCAUCAAAUCCGAAACUUCCUCAAGUAAACCAGUAAUAGAAUAUCCAUCUGAUGUUGUCAAAGCUAUGGAAGAUAGCCAGGCAUUUUAUGAUAAAAUGUUUUCUGUUCGACUUAGGUUAGCAUAA